AUGGAAAUAUUAUAUGAUGAUAUAAAACAUUAUAAUGAAGACCUUUUAGAAUGUAGUAGUGUCAGUAGCAACAGCGACUCAGAAGAUCAGCAUCAUCAAAAAGAAAUAAAUAUUUUAAUAAUUGGAGGUGUUGGAGUUGGUAAAUCUACGUUUAUAAGCUCCAUAUUAAACUACAUAUCAUUUGAAAAUUUAAACGAUGCAAUUGAAAAUGGAACACUAGAAAAUUUAUGCCCUAUACCUACAAAUAUUAAAAUAAUGGAUUCAAAUUAUAUCCAACAUGAUUUUAAUGCAGGAAAACCACUUCAACAACAACAGAAACCAAAUGAAAAAGCAAAUAAUGGCGAAACAAGUACAAAAGAAUGCAAACAGUAUAAAAUUAAAUUACCAAAUAAUACCAUAAACUUCUAUGAUACCCCUGGUAUUGGUGAUAUUAGAGGCUCAAAUACAGAUUCAAAAAACUUCGAAAUGAUUUUAGAACAAAUUUCGAAAAUUAAAAAACUUCACGGUGUAUUUUUAUUACUUAACCCGGACGAAUUAAGAUCGACGGUUCUUUUCAAAUACUUUAUAUUUGAAUUAUUUACCCGUCUUCACGAGAGCGCCAAAAAGAACCUUUAUUUCUGUUUUACAAAAACUCGUGGUAAAAUGUAUCGACCCUCCAAUGGAUUGAUUGUACUUAAUAAACAAUUGAAAGAAAUGUACACAAAAACAAAUAUAAAUAUAUCAACUGAAGGAAGAGUAUUUUGCUUUGAUAAUGAAUCAUUCUCAUUUUUAAUGGCCAAUAAAUUCAACAAUGCUCACUUUGAUCAAGAUGAAGUAACCAUCUUUUCACAAUCAUGGGAUAAAUCAUCAAAAGAAACAGCCAAACUAUUAGAAAGAGUUACAAAUCAAGAGGGAUAUUGUGUAAAAGAUACCAUUUGUAUUAAUAGUGCAUAUAAUGUAGCAAGUAAUCUAAGAGGUCCAAUCAUUCAAUGUUUAGAAGCCACCCAAAUUCCAAUAAAAAAAAUAGAUUCGAAAAAUAGAAAACUUGGUGAAAAUCAUGACAAUAUAGAAAUAUUAAAAAAAAAAUUACUAUCAAAUAUCUCAAGCUUUGAAAUUGUACCAUUAGAAAAACCUUUCUUAUUUUGUGGUAAUAAGAAAUGCUGUAAAUCUUACACCACAAAAGACACACCCACUGGCAAAAUCAAAAUUAAAGGUUGUGUAUGCUCCUUCAAUAACCAUCCAAAUGAAUGUUUUGACAUUUCAUCUAAAGUUUAUUGGCGUAAAAAUAUAUCAAUCUUGGGUUAUUGCUAUAAUUGUGGAUGCUCAUAUAAAGAUCACAUUAUUUUAAAUAUAGCUAAAGUCAAACAAAUUCAAAAUAAUAGCAACAAUAUAGAACCGAUCAACAAUAAUAAUGAAGAAGAAAUAGAAGAAAUAAUGAAAAUGGAAAAUAAAGAGAAAUUGAUAGAUUUAAUAAAUAUUAAAAUUUUAAAUAAUAUAAAAGAAAAAGAAGAAUAUGAAAAUGAUUUUAAAUUUAUUUUAAAUUCAUUGCUAAAGAUUUCAAUUUUUAAAUGGCACUACUCACUGGAUAAAUCAAACAAUCACGAAUUUAAAGAUUAUAUUGAAAAAGAAAUUCAAAUCAAAGAAAAUCAACUAUCUCUUAUUCCAUUAUCAACACAAUUUAAUAUAGAAAUAAUCAAAAUGCUCAAAGAUAGUUUAAAAGAAUAUAAACAUUGUGUUAAACAAAUAAAAAACUCGAUAGAUUUCAGUGCAAUACCUUCAUCAAACGAAAUUUUUGAUAUUUUUUCAAAAUUACCACAUUUAAAUAAAAUGGGGUCGUUCAUAUCAAAAUCUAUAAAUAACCAAAAAAAUGAGCAACAACAAAAGUACCAUCAACAAAGAGAACAACAAAAUUUAGAUGCCAUUAGAAUCGAGAAAAUUGGAAAUCAUUAUUUUUUUUUAAUAAAAUAA